AUGGCACUAUUUCCAGCUUAUGCUUCUAAUGAUACAAAGGAGACUUAUGUAGAAGAUGAGCCAGUGCGGUGGGAGGCAAACUCUCAAGUUAUAUCAGGGAGUAAUGAUGCAAUGGAAGCGCAGCUGCUGGCGAGCGACACAGAAGAUGAAAACGACAAAUGUAUGCAGACUAAAUCGAAGCCUGUUGUCAACAAUGAUGACUUUUACGUGGACUGUAAAAUGGACCGCGGAAAUCUGAGAGUAUCAACACUUUACUAUCCAGGCAGGCCUCAGUAA